AUGAUCACCAGCCAGGGCCUUAAGUCAACUCAGCUUAGUGACCACCUGGCCGACACAGCCGUUUACAUGAACUUGAUACCUGAUAUUGAUAAGCGCAGCACGAGGGGAAUAGACGCUCGCAAGGAGCUUUACCGGCGAGAAGAACAGAGGAAUCCGGAUGUUGAUACGCAUAUCAAGCUGAUAUGUCGAAGAUUCGCCGAGUACGACGAUGAGGCUCAACAUGGAAAAGAGCAGACCAGCCGAGAUGUGUCCGAGGCACUCACAGGCCCGAUACCUGCUUCCAAUGCAACUAAUGACGUUGCGAAGCCACAUGAGUCGCUUAUUGCAGUCCGGUCAACGAAAAAGAAGAAGAGAAGGUCGAAGAAAAACAAGAACGCGAAGAAGUCAUUGGAGCCUGUUGUCGAAGAAAGUAUCUCCUCUGUUAGCGUUCCAGUAUUAAGUCACCAGUCUACGACGGAGCUACAAGGUUCUUCUUCAGAUGCAAUCGAGCACGAAGCAGCUGAGAAGAGGGACGACUCAGCAGUGGAAACUGAUGACUCCAUAUUCCGCUCACCUACACCAGUGGAUGAAUGCGUGUCAGCGGAAGAGCGCAACGUGAUUAUGACUAAUACCAUCGAGGCCGUUGAGCCUGGAUCAUCAAUAUUCGACUUCGUACCGGUAGUGGAUCAUGCAAGGACUGGAAUAGAAUCGGAGAAGGUCUUAGAAGCAGCCUAUCAAUGGGAUUCUGACGACUGGCAAAUAGUGCUUAAUCGCAAAAUUCAGCGGAAGCAGGCUCGGGACAAACGAGCGUCGAAGAGGCAGCUUGAGUCAAAUCAGCAGCACCAAGUGAUUGAGGACCCAACUACUCCGUCAAUUAAAGCCGUGGGACCGCCACCCAGUGUGCAAAAAGUUCAGACUCAACAAAGGAGCGGUGAAGGAGACAGCAAAUCGACGACAGAUUUGUCCGAUUCUGACAGGGAAACGUUGUCAUUGUGCAAUACGCCUCCAGCAACUCCUGAAGGCCCCGAUGAGCAAUGCAUUUACGAAAGCCUCCCUGCAUUCUCACACCUCGUUGAAGCCAUUAAACAAGAUCAAGGACCAGAUGAUCGAGCGCUGUUGUGUACAGACCCUGCGACGUCUACAGCGGAAUCAUUGUACGUUUGCGACACAGACAUCGCCCCGCUACCGACACCAGAGAAUGAUGCGCCGCAGACAUCAAGCCUGCCUAGCCCACCACUAUGUGAAGCAGGGACUACGCCUGUCGAUGACACGGAGGCCUCUAGGUCGACGAGUCCGCAGUCGGAGACUCCAGAUAUCAAGGAGUGGUUAGAAAGCAUGUACAAGCGCACUAUGGCAGAUCUUAGUCAAGAAAGCAUUGAGACUAUGUUGUGGCGGCCUACGGCAGGGAAGGAAGUCAAGGGUCGUGGGUUCCUUAACCGUGUAGAGGUGGUGUCUGAGCGGAUGAGCUUUUGGUAUUGAUACUGCUUGUUUGAAGGCUGUGUUGCGGAUGAUGGAGCAGUAGGUAGUGAAACGAAGAACAUCAGUGUCUUCAUGCCUAUCACGUCUGUUUGUGUAGUCUUGUAAACAAGUAUUGCACCAUUGUUGGAAAAGCGCAGGGUCAUUGGCUGCUCCGUUGGCAGUUCAUAACU